CAUCCAAAUUUUAAUGUAGGUCAAGGGAAGUGGUUGUGUAAAGUGAAGGUUCCUCAUUAGCCUACUCAGUUGUAGCUGCAAAGUUCACCUCAGUACCGCAUCUACCUUCAUGACAACACAGCCUGUGACCUGUUAUUACGACGUGAAGGGGAAAAUGUGAGCCUCAGAUCGAUGUCAAAUCAGAAUGAGAAGUCCAAAGAUGAAGGAGCUUGAGGAGAUAAACCCAGAAGAGUUUUCAUUUUGUAAAUGAGAUGGUCCCUGUUUCCCAAUUGUAACAUUUUUUUGUUUAUUGAACGUGUGUCCUGCAGCUUUUUUGAAGAAUGAACCGGAUAAGAACGAUAGGAAAACCGUGCUUUUUACUCAUUCUGGCUUUUCUUCAAGUCCUUUUUUUUGUGGUCAUGUACUGCAGAGGUUCAGGUAAAAUCUUUGAGUCGUUUUCCAAAAGAAAUGGGAAAAACUGGGACUAUUCAAAAGUCAAAGACAUUUAUACAAACUUGACCCUUUUUACUCCAGCAUUAACAGAUGAACUGCAAUACUGCCCUCCUAAGUCUCCAUUGCUUGUGGGCCCCCUGAGCAUCACUUUCCAGAACAUUCCCAGUCUAAAGAGGAUACUGAAGAAGAACCCAUAUGUAAAGAGAGGGGGUCUCUACACCCCUCCACACUGCCAGGCACGCUACAAGACUGCCAUUCUCAUACCUCACCGCAACAGGGAGAUGCACCUACGCCACCUACUGUAUUACCUGCACCCCUUUCUACAGCGCCAGCAGCUCCACUACAGGAUUUAUCUCAUCCACCAGGCAGGAAAUGAAACUUUUAACAGAGCAAAGCUUCUCAAUGUCGGUGUACGAGAAUCUCUAAAAGAUGAGGAUUGGGACUGCCUUUUUCUACAUGAUGUGGACCUCAUUCCAGAGAAUGACCAUAAUCUCUAUGUCUGUGAUGAAACGUACCCCAAACACUUCUCUAGUGCAAUGGAUAAAUUCAACUACAGGUUACCCUAUUGGUCUUAUUUUGGCGGUGUGUCGGCUAUGACACCUGAACAGUAUAUGAAGAUAAAUGGGUUUCCAAACAGCUACUGGGGUUGGGGUGGUGAGGACGAUGAUAUUGCCUACAGGGUGAAGUAUGCUGGAUUGAAGAUUGUCAGGGUUCCACUUAAUAUUGGACACUACAAAAUGGUCACUCACAACACGGAUAAAGGAAAUGAAGAAAACCAAAAACGGUUUGACUUGUUGGUGAAGUCACCAAGGAAAUGGAAAGAAGAUGGCAUGAACUCUUUGGAGUACAAGUUAAUUUCAAAAAGGCUGAUGUACCUUUUCACCAACAUUACUGUGGAUGUCGGAGCGGCCCCUAAAGAUAAGAAGACCAAAACUAGAAGCUGAAAAGAAAUGCAAUGCCCUUGUUUAACCAGUACUGGAGGCUGGAGAAGGAAGUGUAUUCUCUCUGCCUGGAGGAAAUAUCUGCAACAUGCGUAUGUCAUAUCAACAUGCACUUUAAAUAGAAAUAGCGCUUUUUAACACAUGUGAAAAGUUCUUGAGUCCCUGUUAAGUAACUGAAGGAAGGUGUGUUUUAUGGAGAUGGGGGUUCAAAACAUCCGGAAUGUAAUUCAUUGUUUAAAGAAGAUAUGACUGAUUGCUCAGGAUUUUUAAAUUGGCAAUUCAGUAAUCAACAGAUGUUUGCAAAAAGUCAGCUAAUCUAGGUGAAUUUCAAUAUUAAAUUGUAACUUUGUACCUGUGCUAAGUAUAGGUUUCAGCAGUGCUAAGCUGACAGUGUUUUGCAUAGUUAACAGACAAAGUGCACAAAUAUCAUUUGCAUCUUUUUAGGUUCAAGGAGUUUUUGUUUGUGUUGCAUAAAGAAACAACACAACUUUUCUCUGCCAGGCUAAAUAGAACAUUACUUCUCCUGCUGUGCCACGGUAAAAAUGGCCACUUUACAUUGUUCUAUUGAAGUUAACGUUACAUUAUAAUGUGAGAAAAUCUUAAAAGAAAACACUUGCAAUGAUAAAGUAAUUUGGGAUUGUGGACAGGAUGCAAAAUAGCAGCUAGAGAGUUUUUCAAUGCUUUGUGUCGUCCAUUUCAGAAACAGCUGCUAAAUCCCAGUCGCUUAUAAAUACAUAAAAAAAAAAUACUAUUGAGAAAUCACAUUUCUAAAAUGUGAUUUACACAUUUAUAAGCAUUAAGCUAGCUGUCGUCUGUGUUUUCUUACGCAGAAAGAUGAGAAACAAUGCUUAAGGGAGUUGCAGUUCCCUUUCUGCACCUGUAUGUGAAACCCGACUUGCUGCACCAUUUUGUUUUUCUUUCACUUGGUGUGUCGUCCAGCACCACCACUGCUCAGUGUCUUUGUGCCUUCUGCUGCUGAUGAGAAUGUCACACAAAAAUAUACAUUAAGUGCCUUUGCAAUGGAAAAAAUAGCAAGUGCCACCUAUAAAAAAUAAUAUAUAUAUAUAUAUAUAUAUAUAUAUAUAUAUAUAUAUAUAUAUAUAUACUGCUGUGCAAAAGUCUUAGACUGUUGCAUUUUUCUACUCUGAUGUAUUAUGAGCAUCAACAAUUUACUCAAAACAGAACUGGCAGAAGGCACAGGUGUCGUUGUCCAUCCAUCAACAGUCCAAAGCACCUUUGACCACUGUCCCAUAGUCCAAAUUCUGUGUUCUUGUGCAUAUUCUAGCCUUUUCGUCUUGUUCCCCUUUCUUAACAGAGGUAUUCUUACUGCAACACAUCCUUGAUUUCAAGUGAUCUUCGUACUGUUGAUAUGAUGGACAACGACAUCUGUGCCUUCUGCAAGUUUUGGUGUCAAUUCAACGCGUGUCUUCUUUCUAUUCCUUAAGGUUAUUAUCUUCAAGUAUUGCUCAUCCUUGUUAGGCAGCUUUUUGGGUAUUCCAGUCACGGGAUUGUCAAUUACAGAUGAAGUUUCUCUGUACUUGUUGAUUAUGCUUCAGAUACCACACCUUGAAAAUCGAGUGAUGCAAGCUAUUUCACUCAAUGUAGAAAACACUAAUGGAGGCUUUGAGUAAAUUGUUGAUGCUCAUAAUGCAUCAGAGUAGAAAAAUGCAACAUGUUUAAGACUUUUGCACAGCAGUGUGUGUGUGUAUAUAUAUAUAUAUAUAUAUAUAUAUAUAAAAUAAUACAUUGUAUCUCAAAUAACAUACUAAAAUAAAAGAUGGGACUCAAAGGGGUGAAAUUGAACAACCAAGCCGUUUACACCAAAAGAGCUAUCAAACCGGCCCAGUUUUCUGGCCAGAACCUCAUCUUAUUUCAUCGUUAAUUCAGCUAAGAAUCAUAACAUUUUAUUUGGUCAUUACUUGUAUAGACUCUUAACAUGGGCAGCAUGCUACUAUAAAGGAGUUUACAGUACUUACCAGGACUUGUUAGUAUGAGAUAACAUUUUACAUGUUGUAGUCGCUAUAUAUGUAUUGUUGUUUAAAAUUUUUAAUCUUAUUUAUUUGUUACCGUAUGUUCAAAAUGAAACUUGAAAUUUGCCGAAUUGAAAGCUGUAUAGAUGUUUUUCAUGCACGUGGGGUUUAGUUGUUACACUGGCACUGUCUCUUACAUUAUAUUGUGUGCUUGCUUCAGUUGGAAAGAGAGCUCACAUUGUAUCUUGGUGGUUUGAAUAACUUUAAAGGAGUGUAUGUACUUACAGGGGUUAGACAAAAUGAUAAUUUUGUUAUGCAAGUAGCAUUCUUAACAUUUUGUGAUUUUAUAUAUAUAUAUAUAUAAAUAAACAUAAAAGCUACAUCUUUGGUUUCAGUCACAGUGGACAAGUGAAUACGUUGCUGCCUUAUCCACAAUGCACAAAUGAAUCAUUCAGGGAUGGUAAAAUAUUCCUUCAGCACAGUAUGUUGAAUAUGGGUCAUAUCAAUUUGGUGGCCUGUGUUUCUAAUUUAUUGUCACACCUCUGUAUAAGGACCAUUAUCAUGUGUAGCAGUACAUACAAGUUUAUAAAUUGUUUGUUUUUAUUACACUUUUGUAGAUUUUUCUGUGUGAAGAUUUUUCUUGUUGAAUUUUGUGUGUUUAUGAUGCAUACACUAUUUGCAGUUACUGUGUGUUUUAAAAACCCAAUAACAUUGACUCCAGUGUUUAGGGACCAAAACCUGUAUUGGCAAAAAAAAAUUGCUAACACGUCAAACUAGAACCAGUAGGGCAUAAGAAGAGUAUAUUCUGCUCAAAACUACAAUUUCUCAUUCCUAAUCAAAGACUUGAUGCUAAAAAUGGUGUCUAUUUUUAUAUAACAGAAUACAAUAAAACUCAUUACUAACGAAUCUACGAUACAAUAGAAGGAAGCAACAACUUUAUUCUUAAAAGUGUCAUUACAGCUGUUAGAUAAAGGAAACAAGUUAUGAAUCAUUAGUGAUCUUUUGAGAAAUGAAUGGACCAGACAUGUUUUAAAAAGUUAUUUUUUUCAUGUUUGUAAAAAUGCUGUAUGAGGUUAGGAAAUUGCUGGGGAAAAUGUUCUGUGUCAAACAUUAAACGCAAGCUUUACCUUAAUAUUUUGUUUUAGUUUGUCACAAAAAUGUAUUAUAAAAAAAAACUGAAGUGUACUGGUGGUGAAUGCACUAGGGCUGUUACAUUUCUUGAAUGUUAAAAGAAUACAUUUUCUGUAAGCAAUCAGAAAACCCAUCAUAAGAAGCUGUCUAUAAUGUAUUGCUGUUACUUUUUCAGGAAUGACACAAUUGCUAUGUAUAAUACCAUGUAUGGUAAAGGCUUAAUUAUUAAAGAAUAAAUAUUGAAUGUAAAAAUGUUCAA